AGUUGCUCUUUACACGGUGUUCUGCAAAAGUGCUUUAAAAGCAACAAGAAGGAGCCAACAACAAACCAAUGUAUCUCUCUAGAGUUCCGAGUUUCUCACUAACUUUCUGCCAAUUUAUAUAAAUAAUCAAGAUUAGGAAUAAAAGAUGAGUUAUUUAGGAGUUGGAGUCAGUCCCGGGAACGUCGCCGGAGCCACAAUGAAGCUGAACGAUCGCAAAGUGAGACUCACGGAGCUGAUUCUGAGAUGUUCUGUUUGUGCCCUCGCUCUCGUAGCUGCGGCUCUCAUUGCUACAGACACUCAAGUCAAAGAGAUUUUCACCAUCCAGAAGAAGGCCAAGUACACCGACAUGAAGGCGCUUGUGUUUUUGGUGGUCGUCAAUGGGAUAGCCGCGGCUUACUCUUUGGUGCAUAGCGUUCGUUGCGUGGUGGGUAUGAUGAAAGGAAGCGUUUUGUUCAGUAAGCCUCUGGCUUGGGCCAUUUUCUCCGGUGAUCAGGCGGUAGCCUACUUGACUGUGGCUAGCGUUGGAGCAGCGGCGCAGUCUGCAGCCUUUGCAAAGCUGGGUGAGCCAGAGCUUCAAUGGAUGAAGAUAUGCACAAUGUAUGGGAAGUUCUGUAACCAAGUAGGUGAAGGGAUUGCGACCGCCUUGCUUGCUAGCAUUUGUAUGGUUUUGGUCUCUUGCAUUUCAGCUUUGGGUCUCUUUCGUUUGUAUGGGGGUAACAAAGCCAGGCAAAGCUCACGGUGGUGAAGGCCAUGGCUCAUACCGGUCUUGGACUAAUCUUAUUUGUGUUAAAUAAAUUGUGGUGUGUGCUCUCACUCAAUGUGUAUACCGUCUGUUACUACUUUCACGUUCUCGUUUGGUCAAUAAUAAUCGAAACUGUAGUUUGGUAACGA